AUGCCGGGUCGCUCGCCAAAGGCCGUCGCCGCCGCCGAUGACGCGGGCUUUUCUCUGCACGUCGUCGCCGCCUUCAUCGCGAGCGUCGCGAUCCUCUUGGCCGCGCAGGUGGUCGCGUUCAGCCUCGGGCUCUGCGCCGACCGGCACUUGUUCGUGUCGGCCUUUGGCCUCACCAACACGGGUCUUUUGGCGCUCCCGAUCGUGGCCUACGUCGUGUACAAGCGCGUCGUCCGGCGGCUGCGGGCGCGGCGCCACCGCCACCACAUUGUGCAAGCCAAGGGCCGGCACACCUUUAGUUAGGAACCGCUCGACUCGACCCACGCGCGAUGCGUACGACAAUCGACCAAGAAAUAGAGACAAUAAUAGUAUGGCA